GUAAAUCUCUGACGCAGAGCUGUUGAAUUGUUAAUUUCAUGUAGCGCUUGGUCGAAACCGAAUAUUAACUAGCUAUAGAACAGUUACCUACACGGCUGUACGAGGUGAAAGGAAUUGAGAAGUUACACUUCACCUAUUGCUGCCUGGUUAUUUUCUGUCUUUGGACUGAAUCACAGAGCGUCUAUAAUGGAUCUGGUGUGGCUCUUAUACAUCGGAGCGAGUCUCUGCGCUUUGCUCGUCUCUGCUGAGAGGCACACUGUUUUCUGGAAUAGUACCAACUCCAACUUCCGAUGGGACGACUAUGCAGUUGAGGUACGCCUGAACGACUAUCUGGACAUUGUGUGCCCGCACUACCCGCUGGGCGAGGUGCCAUCACAGGACGCAGAGCGCUACGUGCUCUACAUGGUUGAACGUGAAGAUUACGACUCCUGCCGUCCGCUGUCCUAUGACCAGAUGCGCUGGGAAUGCGGCCACCCUUUCGCCCCGCAUGCACCUGAGAAGUUUUCUGAGAAGUUCCAGCGCUUCACUCCAUUCACUCUGGGAAAAGAAUUCCGACAGGGUGAAAGCUACUACUAUAUCUCCAAACCACUGCAUCACCAUGGACAGGAGUGUAUGAGGCUCAAAGUGAACGUAGUUGCCAAUGAUGGCUCUCAAGAAGCCAGGGUUGGCACAGGAGGCAGAGCCAAGGUGGGCACAGAGGGAGGAGCUCACACGCCAUCCAAUCGGUUACCAGCAGAUGAUCCAGUCGUGGAUCUUCCUGAAAUACAGAAAAGCAUGCGGACGAACUCCGCCUUGUCAGUAGCAUCCUGGACCGUUCUCACAACGUUACUUCCCCUUUUAUUAUUGCUGGUCUUACAAUGAGACCAUAAUUGGACUCCAAUUUACACCUACAAAAGAAUACAAUGACAGUGUCCUGUGUUGAUGAAAACACACAGGGGUAGCUGUUUAAAAACCCAGUGCUGGCCAUUGGGGGAAACGGACAGGAAGUAGAGCUCUCUAACACUGCAGGUGCAAACUGAGAAAGCGAAACUGGGAUGAAGAGGGCUUUGAAUUUUCUUACUUAUGGACAGUUCUAAAGAAAAAACUUUGACACGUCAGUGUUUUUCUGGAAAGAUUACUCAUGCAAAGGGAGAUUUUUGUUCCCCUUUUCCUUUUUUAUGGACGUAUAAAUGUCUGGACUACACAAAACCUGGAAAAGACCAACUGAAACAAUAGCACAAUUGGAAUUGUAAUAGCAUGUUCUUCAAAUAUGGACAACCCCUUUAUUUGAGUGUUAUAGUUAGGGGAUGCUAGCCAAGAAUGAGCCAAAGACAACAGAGCUUCUCAUGAAGGAGUAGAGCGAUCAAAACUUUCAUUGUUUUCUUCUUUUUGUUGAUCCAGACAAAUAUUUUAUAUACGUAUUAAUUUAUGUAGCAGCAGUUCAGUGGGGUUUAUUCUCAUCUUUCAUGAUUUUACAAAACCAUGUGCUGUACUAGGCAUUCAAUCUUGGAAAAUGGCACAAUACACACACAGACACAAUACACACGCCGAUACUGUUUACCAAACCCACUGACAUACUUGCGAAUCCAGAAUUGCUGUGUUGUUUUUGUGCAUUGAUUGUUUAAAGAGUUAAUAAAUUAUUAGGUUUGCUGCAGAACAAAUUACUAUAUAUAAUGAACAAAAAUGUUUACUGUGCGAAAUACUAUAUAUAAUUGACUAUCAGCCAUCCAGCUCCCUAAAUAUUUGUAUCAGCCAUCUGCAAACCCAUAUUGGUCAACCACUAAUAUAUUUCAAUAUUUAGCUUGGUUCAAUUGCAGUUAAAAAAUCUGUUAAUAUACUUCUCUAUUUUUACACCAUUUGACCUAUAUAUAUAUAUAUAUAUAUAUAUAUAUAUAUACACACACACACUACCGUUCAAAUGUUUAGGGUCACUUACUUAUUCUUUAUUAUUUUUUUCUUCACAUUUUAAAAUAAUAGUAAAGUCAUUACAACUAUGGAAUAAUAGAAAUGGAAAUAUUGGAAUUUAUGUUUUGACUAAGAAAAUCCAAAAUAAAUCAAAACUGUGUUAUAUUUUAGCAUCUUCAAAGUGGCCACACUUUACCUAAAUUGCCUAGAUGCAGAAAUGUACUCUUGACAUUUGCUCAACUGACUUCUUGAGGAAUCACCCUGGGAUGCUUUUUAAACAGUAUUGAAGGAGUUCCCAUCUAUAUGCUGGGCACUUAGUGGUUGCUUUUCUUAAUUAUUCAGUCCAAGUAAUCCAUUUCAAAAACUUUUUUUUUUUAAAUAAAAUUUUAGUUUUGUCAUUAAAUAUAUUAAUAUGUUAGCACAAUUAUAUUUUUGUCUACAAAACUAAUUUCAAACAUUUAAGUAUACGCCUUCAGAUCAAAAGAUUUUUAAGAUCAUGAGAAACAUUUCAGGCAAGUGACCCCAAACGUUUUAAUGGUAGUGUGUGUGUGUAUAUAUAUAUAUAUAUAUAUAUAUAUAUAUAUAUAUAUAUAUAUAUAUAUAUAUAAUAUACACACACACACACAAUUUAAUGAGACGUAACAAAUGUGGAAAUUUUGCAGACUAACUCUGCACAAUAUUUACUCCAAAAUCACAACAAAAACUGAAAAGUGUGCAUUAUUUAUUGGAUGAGGGGUGAUUGGCACAAAAGGAAAUCGGCCAAACAGGCAGUUAAUGACCAGUGUCAAUAAUCUCAAAGUGGCUGACUACAAUAUACACACUCAGAAAACAAUUUUAAGAUCUAUGCAUUUAAAUUUCAUAACAAAAUUCUAUGAAAUUUAAUUGAAUAAUCUGUAAAAAAAAAAAAAAAAAAAAAAUAUAUAUAUAUAUAUAUAUAUAUAUAUAUAUAUAUAUAUAUAUAUAUAUAUAUAUAUAUAUAUAUAUAUAUAUAUAAAAUUAUGUUUUAUUAAUUUAAGUUUGUUAAAAAUUACACUUCAGUUUUUUGGUUAUGAAAUUGGAAUGCGUAAAUAAAAUAAAAAGCGACUAAUGUUUUAUUUUUUUAUUUUACUAUUUUUACCGUGAAUAGCUUAAUAUGGAGAAACUGGAUCAGGUUUAACAUUUAGCAAAGACAUACACGUAUAACAUUAAUCAGCUAAAACUACAGCAACUAUGAACAAACAUAACACACUCUGACUGGUGACGUCGCAUUCAAUGUAACUGUUUAAGCUCACUUCUGAGCAGUUGUUCAUACAACUAACUUUUAGAUCACUCUGAUUUGUUUUUUCCAGUUUGUUUUUAUCCUAUAUUCUCUUAUGUCAUUCUCAUAUUCUUAUUUUGUAUAUGUGUUGUGUAAAAUGUAUAUUAUGUAUAUAAAGAAGAUUAUAUAAAAAAAAAAAAGAGACAUUUGAUAAAGAAAAAAAACAAGUUAAUGUGAAAAUUCUUAUGUGAAAAUAAAUGAUAUUUUUUUGAAAAUGUGA